AUGGACUGGGCUUCAGUAUUGUUGGAGGUUACGGUAGUCCACAUGGUGACCUUCCCAUCUAUGUGA